UUUCAUAGAAUUAGGGGAGAGAGAGAUAGGGAAGAGACAAAGAGAAGAGAUAUAGGUUUCAUAGAUGGUUUACUUCUAAUGUUUUUCUGAUUUCCUUGCCUAGGAUGAGAGGUGCGUUCGACCAAAUUAUUCGCAACAUUAUAGGUGGUGAUAGAGGUGGUGGUGGUGCAGAGAGAAUUCCACCAACAACAUCAAAUAGACGAAGAAACGAAGCAAAUCGUCCAAUUAGGCAGCGUCGUCGAAGACAAGACAUCCAUGAUGAUGUCCCUGAGCCUCAAAUGGAGGAGAAUGUCCGUGAGCCUCAGAUGGAGGAGGAUGUCCCUGAGCCUCAGAUGGAGGAGAAUGUCCCUAAGCCUCAGUUGGAGGAGGAUGUCCCUGAGCCUCAGUUGGAGGAGGAUGUCCCUGUAAGACAGAUGGAUUAA